AACGUGCUGCCGAGGGAGAUGGGGAACAAAAGGCUGAAAGGCUGAUCUGGAGAUCCCUUUCCCCUUCACACACCUGUGAGGGCGUCCGCCGGGGGGACACAGCAGGGACAAAAACAUCAUUUGGAGCCGAGGAGGAUAAGGCUGAAAGAGCAGACUUUUGUCUCCGUCCCCCCCCCUCGGCAUUCCCACCUGUGAGGAUUAAUUAGACGGGAGCAGCAUGGCGCACGCUGCCUCGCAGCUGAAGAAAAGGGCGGAUGAGAACCUCAACGCUGUGGAGGAUGAGAAGGAGAAGAAGAAGGCGGCGAGGAAGCGUUCCAGAGAAUUGAAGAAAAAGACGGACGUGAACGCCUGUUACCUGAGAUCCGCUCGGGCCGGGAACCUGGAGAAAGCUCUGGACUACCUGAAGAAUGGAGUCGACAUCAAUAUAUGCAACCAGAAUGGUCUGAAUGCUCUCCAUCUGGCCUCCAAGGAGGGCCACGUGGAGGUGGUGGCUGAGCUCAUCAAGCGCGGCGCCAACGUGGACGCCUCGACCAAGCAGAAAGGAAACACCGCCCUGCACAUCGCGUCCCUCGCCGGGCAGACGGACGUGGUGAAGGAACUCGUGACCCACAGCGCCAACGUCAACGCCCAGUCUCAGAAUGGCUUCACGCCGCUCUACAUGGCGGCGCAGGAGAACCACAUGGACGUGGUGCAGUUCCUCCUGGACCACGGCUCCAGCCAGAGCAUCGCCACAGAGGACGGUUUCACGCCGCUGGCGGUGGCGUUGCAGCAGGGCCACGACCAGGUGGUCUCCCUCCUGCUGGAGAACGACACCAAGGGGAAGGUCCGCCUGCCGGCGCUGCACAUCGCCGCGCGCAAGGACGACACCAAGGCCGCCGCGCUGCUGCUGCAGAGCGACCACAACGCCGACGUGGAGUCCAAGAUGAUGGUGAAUAGAACAACAGAGAGCGGUUUCACUCCUCUCCACAUCGCCGCUCACUACGGCAACAUCAACGUAGCAACACUCCUUCUGAACAGAGGGGCGGCCGUGGACUUCAAGGCAAGGAAUGACAUCACACCGCUGCACGUAGCGUCCAAACGUGGGAAUGGAAACAUGGUGCGACUGCUGCUGGAGAGAGGGGCCAAGAUAGAUGCACGGACCAAGGACGGUCUGACCCCCCUCCACUGCGGAGCCCGCAGCGGCCAUGAGCAGGUGCUGGAGAUGCUGCUGGACCGAGGAGCGCCGAUACUCUCCAAGACCAAGAACGGCCUGUCUCCGCUCCACAUGGCGACGCAGGGCGACCACCUCAACUGCGUCCAGCUGCUGCUGCACCACGAGGUGCCCGUGGACGACGUGACCAACGACUACCUGACGGCGCUGCACGUGGCCGCCCACUGCGGCCACUACAAGGUGGCCAAGGUCAUCGUGGACAAGAAGGCCAACCCCAACGCCAAGGCUCUGAAUGGUUUCACUCCCCUGCACAUUGCCUGUAAGAAAAACAGAGUCAAGGUGAUGGAACUUCUUCUGAAACAUGGAGCGUCGAUACAGGCAGUCACUGAGUCCGGUCUGACUCCGAUCCACGUCGCUGCAUUCAUGGGACACGACAACAUCGUGCACCAGCUGAUCAACCACGGCGCUUCACCCAACACGAGCAACGUGAGGGGGGAGACGGCGCUCCACAUGGCGGCGAGGGCCGGACAAUCGAAUGUGGUGCGAUACCUGAUCCAGAACGGAGCACGGGUCGACGCCAUGGCCAAGGACGACCAGACUCCGCUGCACAUCUCGAGCCGCCUCGGCAAGCAGGACAUCGUCCAGCAGCUGCUGGCCAGCGGAGCGUUCCCGGACGCCACCACCAACUCCGGGUACACGCCCCUGCACCUGGCGGCCCGGGAGGGCCACCGAGACGUGGCUUCGACGCUGCUGGAUCAGGGGGCCACUCUGGGCAUCAUCACCAAGAAGGGCUUCACUCCUUUGCAUGUGGCUGCAAAAUACGGGAAGAUUGAGGUCGCCAACCUGCUGCUGCAGAAAAGCGCUCCGUCUGACGCUGCCGGGAAGAGUGGACUAACUCCACUGCAUGUGGCAGCACACUAUGAUAACCAGAAGGUAGCGCUGCUCCUGCUCAACCAGGGGGCUUCACCGCAUGCAGCCGCAAAGAACGGCUACACACCCCUCCACAUCGCAGCCAAGAAGAAUCAGAUGGAGAUCACCACCACCCUGCUGGAGUACGGGGCCUCCACCAACACCGUGACUCGCCAGGGCAUCACUCCUCUGCACCUCGCGGCACAGGAAGGCAACGUGGACAUCGUGACCCUGCUGCUGGCCCGAGACGCUCCAAUAAAUAUGGGCAACAAGUCCGGUCUGACUCCGCUCCACCUGGCUGCCCAGGAGGAUAAAGUCAACGUUGCUGAGGUCUUAGUCAACCAGGGAGCGACCUUAGACCCUGAGACCAAGCUGGGAUACACUCCACUCCAUGUGGCCUGUCACUAUGGCAACGUGAAGAUGGUCAAUUUCCUGCUGAAGAAUCAAGCGAAGGUCAAUGCUAAGACUAAGAACGGAUACACUCCUCUCCAUCAGGCUGCACAGCAGGGACACACACACAUCAUCAACUUGCUGCUACUUCGUGGAGCAUCGCCCAACGAACUCACAGCUAGUGGGAACAGCGCUCUGUCCAUCGCCAGGAGGCUCGGCUACAUCUCUGUAGUCGACACACUCAAAGUGGUCACAGAGGAAACUCUGAUCACUAAGACGGUAAUAGAGAAGCACAAGAUGAACGUUCCAGAGACCAUGAACGAGGUGCUGGACAUGUCCGACGACGAAGUCUUUAAAGCCAAUGUCCCUGAAAUGAUCACAGAGGACUAUAUAUCUGAUGUGGAAGAAGGUGACGAUGCGAUGACGGGGGACACGGACAAGUAUCUGGCCCCCCAGGACCUGCGGGAGCUGGGGGACGACUCGCUUCCUCAGGAGGGCUACAUGGGCUUCAGCGUGGGCGCCCGCUCGCAGAGCCUGCGUUCCUUCAGUUCCGAUAGGUCCCACACGCUGAACCGGAGCUCGUUCACGCGGGACAGCAUGAUGAUCGAGGAGAUGCUGGCCCCCAGUAAGGAGAUGAUGCUCUGUAAGGAAAGGUCUUUCAUUGUAGAGCAACACAACAAGCACUUGGCGGUGGCGAAGGACUUUGACAGCGACUCUCUGAGGAGAUACAGCUGGACUGCAGACGUAAUGGAUAAUGUUAACCUGGUGGCCUCUCCGAUACACUCUGGUUUUUCCUCUCCGCUCCCGCAGUACGACAGCAGGUUCCUGGUCAGCUUCAUGGUCGACGCCAGGGGCGGCUCCAUGAGAGGAAGCCGCCACAACGGCAUGCGCAUCAUCAUCCCGCCCAGGAAGUGCACGGCGCCCACCAGGAUCACCUGCCGACUGGUCAAGAGGCACAAGCUGGCCUCGCCUCCCCCCAUGGUGGAGGGAGAGGGCCUGGCCAGCCGGCUGGUGGAGGUCGGCCCCGCGGGGGCUCAGUUCCUCGGGCCCGUGAUAGUGGAGGUCCCUCAUUUUGGCUCAAUGCGAGGCCAGGAGAGGGAGCUGAUCCUGCUGCGCAGCGAGAACGGAGAGACCUGGAAGGAGCACCUGUACGACUACAAGAACGACAACCUCAAUCAAAUUCUCGGUGGGAUGGAUGAAGAACUAGACAGUGCUGAGGAGCUGGAGAGGAAGAGAAUCUGCCGGAUCAUCACCAAGGACUUCCCACAGUACUUUGCUGUCGUGUCUCGAAUCAGGCAGGAGACCAAUCAGAUGGGACCAGAGGGCGGGACUCUGUGCAGCCGGAGCGUCCCAUUGGUUCAAGCUUCCUUCCCCGAGGGCGCCUUAACCAAGAAGAUCAAAGUUGGACUGCAGGCCCAGCCGGUACCGGACGACAGCGUUAAGAAAAUCCUCGGUAACCGAGCAACCUUCAGCCCCAUCGUUACCGUGGAGCCCAGGAGAAGAAAGUUCCACAAGCCCAUCACCAUGACAAUCCCAAUCCCGCCUCUCUCAGGGGAGGGGCUCACCAACGGCUACAAAGGGGACUCCACUCCAUGUCUCCGCCUCCUCUGCAGCAUCACAGGUGGUACGUCGCCGGCACAGUGGGAAGACAUCACUGGCACAACGCCCCUCACCUUCGUCAACGACUGCGUCUCCUUCACCACCAACGUCUCUGCCAGGUUCUGGUUAGCCGACUGCCACCAGAUCCCAGAGACGGUGGGUCUGGCCAUGCAGCUGUACAGGGAGCUCAUCUGCGUUCCCUACAUGGCCAAGUUCGUGGUGUUUGCCAAGACCAACGACCCAGUGGAGUCCAGACUGAGGUGCUUCUGUAUGACGGACGACAAGGUGGACAAGACCCUGGAGCAGCAGGAGAACUUCGAGGAGGUGGCCAGGAGCAAAGACAUAGAGGUUCUGGAGGGGAGGCCCAUCUAUGUGGACUGCUACGGAAACCUGGCUCCUCUGACUAAAGGUGGUCAGCAGUUAGUUCUCAACUUCUACGCCUUCAAGGAGAACCGUCUACCCUUCUGCGUCAAGGUGAGAGAUCCCGGCCAGGAGCCGUGCGGCCGCCUCUCGUUCCUCAAGGAGUGUAAGAGCACAAAGGGCCUCCCCCAAACCGCCGUGUGCAACCUGAACAUCACGCUUCCUCCCGUGAAGAAGGAAAUGGAGUCAGAUGCCGAGGAUGAGACUGACAAGCCAGAGCGACGUCAUACCUUUGCAUCCCUAGCCUUACGUAAGCGCUACAGCUAUCUGGCCGAGCCUGCACUGAAAACUGCAGUUGAGCGAAGCACAACAGCAAGAACACUGCCUGCUGGUUACCCUCACAAACCUGUCUUUCCAACCCGACCUUUCCCACCAUGGUCGCCUGCUCCUAUUACCGUCCCUGGCCAAACAAGGCCCGUCGGAGUGGGGGGUUCCCUCACCUGUACCGAUUCACCGGCAGGCUCACCAGCUGCUUCUCCAUUGAAAACUUCCUGGCCAUUGUCCUCCCCAUCGCCUGCAUGCGCCGCAACAAUCAAUGCCUCCAUGGAGUCUUCCCCAGUGAAAUCUGUCAGUGACUUUAUGUCUUCAUCCCCCAUUAGGUCUUAUAGGACUAUGCCCUCACCCAUUAAGACUGUUGUCCAGCUGGGUCAGUACCCUGUCCAGGGGUCUGCCAGCCUUGUGUCCCCUGGAAGCCCAUAUAAACCUGCAACAGAUCCAUUAUCUAUCAAAAAGCUUGCUUCAGCAUACACAUCAAGGACUUCCCCACUGCACUCAAUACCUAACGGUUCUGUAGCAGAGAGGCCGUCAGUCUCUAUUACUGCUCCAGCAUCGCCAAAGGGGUUUUAUAAAACUGCCCUUGGGUCCACAAUUACAACAGAUGCCGCACCUCACCUUUCUUCUGCGAAAAGCACGUCCAACAUGUCAUCUUUGAAAACCUCUGUAGAUUCAACGCUAUCAUCCAGAGGAGGGAGGUCGUCUAUCUCGUCGCUGUCCUCAACUGGGCAGACGACCAUCGCUUCCUCAGAGUUGUCCAUGAGGAACGGAUCGGCUUCUCCUGUAAAAUAUCCAUCCUCCUCCUCCACGCCAUCCUCCCCUUCUUCUCGCCAUCUCUCAGAGCGGAGUAGCAGCCUUCAAGAGAGGAUCCAGGCCACCACCCAGGCAGCGACCACUGGUGUCAGCGCAGCCAUAAAUGAAGCUAUAAACUCAUAUUCUGUGUCCAACUACGGCACUCUGAGAUCACUGUCCUCCCCGCGUAGGUCUGCAGCAACAAGCGGUGCUUACCGGAGAUCAGCAGCCACCUCCUCCAGCUCGGCGGUUCCUUCUAACACGGUGACAGUACCUGUGUUUUCGUUAAUCAACGUCAUUCCAGAGACACCUGCCAAACCAGGGCCAGGGUCCCUCAAAAUGGCGCUGCCUGAUUCUUCCCGUGCCUUUCCCUCUUCCUCUUUGUCUUCCUGCGUCACCUCAUCAAAAAUAAACGCCCAAAUGAAAUCCCCUCCGUUCAUCACACCGCCCAUAAUCCACCCGACUGGAACUACGAACCAGGAGAUACUAAAAGAUGUGGCGGACAUGAAGAAGGACCUGAUCAGAAUGACAGCUAUCCUGCAGACAGACACACAGACAGCAGCUAAAACGGUUCAAACGUCACAUACUGGCACUCCAAAGGAGGCCAAGUUAGAGGACGAGGAACCUUUUAGUCUAGUGGAGAAAGUGAAAGAGGAUUUAGUGAAAGUAAGUAAUAUAUUAAAGAAAGAUGUCAAGGGUGAGGGGAAGGCUAUUGCAGGUAAGCAGAGAGCCUCAGAGGACGAAUGGGAGGAGUUUUCCAAAGACGAGAUUGAGGAGGCACAAAGUAAUUCCCUCGCAGACCAUUACCUUCCUUUUGAAGAACACACACUCCUCCUCAAGCAGCAGUCCAUGUCGAGCCAAGAGUUAGAGUUGGCUAAAGUGGUAGAAUUUUUAUCAAAUGACAUAGGCGCUAGCUCACUUUCCAAAAUGGCCGAGUUGAAAUGUAGGUACGAGGAGGAGGCAAAGCGGGAAGGGGAAGAGAAACAGAAACGUGUUCUUAAACCAUCGAUGUCGAUACAAGAGCACAAACUCAAGAUGCCUCCACCCGUCUCAGGCAUGCUGCGGUCUCCCUCAGAGAAAGACCUUUGCAAACUUGCUGAAUCGUAUCAGGGGACGGACACUAUUUUGGAGUCACCCGAGGACCUGUCCCAUGAGCAGGAUAAGAGUCCACUAUCGGACAGCGGGUUCGAGACCAGGAGUGAAAAGACACCCUCUGCUCCUCAGAGUGCAGAGAGUACAGGACCCAAGCCUUUAUUCACGGAUUCACCCAUACCUCCCUGCGUGAGUGAGACCAGGACUGAGGUCCACAUUAGGAGCUAUGAGCUGCCUGAUGAUCCUUUUGAGCCUAUACUCGUGGAGGAGGCUGCGGGUGCUCCUCCUUCUAUAGAGCCAGAUGGAGCUUCAACAAGCUCCGUCAAAGCCUUGCACAUGAAAAUGCCAGAAGAGGACUCCAUGAUGAGCAAAAGUGUGUGUCUUAAAGAGGAAACUCAAAUCACUACAACAACUAGAAUGGUUUAUCACAAGCCCAAACUCACUGAUGGCGCAGAGAUGAUAGAGGAAGGUAUGUCAGUUAGAGAUAUCAUGAAAGCUUUCCAGUCAGGCAGGGACCCAUCUAAAGAACUAGCAGGCCUCUUUGAACACAAAGCUAACCAGGAUUCUAUAAAAGGUGAUGAGCUGACUCCUAGAUUUCUUGACAGAGACGGUAAGUCCAAACCCAAAGUUGAAAGGAUAAUUGAGGUUCAUAUCGAAAAGGGCCACAGUGCAGCUGAGCCGACCGAGGUUAUUUUCAGGGAAGCCAAGAAACACCCCGAGCUUUAUGUGUACAAGAGCGACCAUGGAAUUAGGGAACUUACUGACUACGAUGAGGCCCAACGGGAAGAAGAAGAACUUAAUGCAGAGGAAUCUCUGCCCACCUUCCUAGAAACGUCUCGAGUUAACACCCCUCUUUCACAGGAGGAAGACAGUCGCCCAAAUUCUGCCCAGCUUAUAGCAGACGAUUCAUACAAAGCCUUGAAACUAUUGAGCCAGCAAUCCAUUGAGUAUUGUGACGAUGAGCUAUCAGAAAUCAGAGGCGAGUCGUACAGGUAUGCUGAGAAAAUGCUUCUUUCAGAAAAACUUGACGCAUCACCGCUGUCUCACUCUGACACAGAGGAGUCGGCAAUGACGACUGACAGAAAACACCACCUAAUUUCUGAUGAGAGUGGUGCUAGCCGUAGCACUGAGAGUCAGCAGCAUGGAAGCCCUAAAAGAGAGUUUGUUUCUAAGUCCUCCAAAGAUGGAUCCCCUAAGUCUGGUAAGUUUGUGCACAGAGACGAUCCAUCUCAGUUUGAUAAGGUGACAGUGCUGCAUUACUCCACAGAGCAGGGCAGCCCUAAACAUGCUGUUUGGAUGCGAUUUACAGAGGAUAAACAUGACAGGAGCCGAGAUAAGCUCCUUUAUGAGGAUAGGGUGGAUCAAUCAGUAAAAGAGGCUGAAGAAAAACUCAGUGAGGUGUCACAGUUCUUCCGUGACAAAACUGAGAAGCUCAAUGAUGAGUUGCAGUCCCCCGAGAAAAAGCCUGUGAGACGAGAGCCGAAGGAACCCCGGUCCUGGCCUACUUCAGCCUGCAGUACCCCUGAAAAAACACAGCAGAAACCUAAAGCAGAAGAGGGGGCCAGUAAAAGCAAACUCAGGGAGCCUUCUGUUAAUAAAAUGUUUGGUAGUGCAACUGAAAAGAGAAGUUCCAGCUUACCAAGCAGUCCCCAGAAAAGCACGCUCCAUCAUAUCAGUGAGGAUCAAAUUAAACACCAAACUAAGACCAGUGAGUCUGAACCCUCUUCUCCCUCUCAUGUGAAAUCAACAUCUAAAGUCAGUGCUGUUAGGAUGAAGUUUGAAUCUGAGGCUCAAAAACAAAAUCAAUCUAGUCCAACUAAAACUCCUCCUCUAGUACAGCCAAAACCUUCAAUAAAGAAAUUGCAGGAGAGCAAACUUCCUGUUUAUCAGUUUGCAGGAGCAAAAACGUUGAAAGUAUCUGAAGCAUCAGAAAAGGUAACUCCGAAAAAGGACAAUGAGAAAGAUCCAUGUACUGCCACAGAAACCAGUAAACCUGAUCUGAUAUCAUCAACAUCUAAAACUCCAAAACAUUCAGAAGACAAGUCUCUAAACAAAAACAUCCCGGAGCCUUUGUUGCAAAAACAAAUGAGUGAAACGGACAAUCAAAAAUCAGUCGGUAAAGGAAAAGAUAUUGACUCUACUAUUACUCAGGAUAUUAAAGACCGCAAUAAAGGUCAGAGAGUCCAUGAUACUGACAGACUAUUAGUGAAAGAAAGUGAUUCUAAAAAGAGCCAACAAGGCACAAAAAAUGAGUGUGCUUCCAGAGAAAUAAUAUCUGAGUGGUCGAGAAAUGAAGCAGAAGAAUCCCUAAACAAAAAUCUCAGAAAAAAGACAGAAACCCGAAUUCCUGUAUUAUCGCCUUCCACUUUAGAUAAUGAAUUGACUAAGAAACAGACAAUGACUAAACCUUCACAGAUACCUACAUUAUCUAAGAACAAAAUACAGGCAAGUCUUGAGCCAACACGUGCCAAGACCCUUGAAAUUCUAGAUAAUGCACCCAAAGAUUCCAACUCCAACAACCUUUCCAGCUCUAGGGACACUCUGGAGAAAAUCCUAACCCCUCCAGCUGCUACAACAACCAAAGAGAACUUUAAGGGCAUUAAAACAUUACCCGUUUAUAUCAGUGUCCAGGUGGGAAGGCAGGGAGAGAGGGAGGCCAAAGGAGCUCUGUGCACAGUCAAACAGAACUCAGCACUCAGCCCCAUUAGCCCAGAUGAUGACACUCUAGAACAGGUGUCUUUCAUAGAUAGCUCAGGGAAAAGCCCCCUUACACCAGAGACCCCCAGCUCUGAGGAGGUCAGCUACGACCUCACGGCCAGGACCCCUGAUGGCUUUAUGGAAUUCAUGCUCGGGAAACACAGCCCAAUUAUUGAGUUGUCUGAAGAAUCAGAGGAGGAUGAACAAAACAACGUUUUCUCGUUCAAAGAGGUCCUACCACAAAGCAAAACUACUGUUCACAGCACACAAGCAGACCUGGCUAAUGCUAAUGAACAAGACACAAAGAGUAAUGACAAACAGUUGGAGUUCCCUGAUAAUAUAAACCAGCAAGAAACAUCAGUCAAUGGCCUGCAUGAUGAAAUGGCCAAGAAAGUGAACCAAGAGAUCUCGAAAGACAAAGGUAUUGCAUAUAUUGAGUUCCCUCCUCCCCCUCCUUUGGACUCGGCUUCAGAAAUGUCUGACCCUGAGAGGAAAGGUUCCUGCGGCUCUUCAGAGACUGAGACAGAUAUGAUGGAGGUGAACCUACAGGAAGAACAUGACAAUCACCUGCUGACCGAGCCAAUUAUACGUAUCCAACCCCCUACCCCAGUGUCCCCGGGGGAAGAUGACAGUCAUUCGAAUGACGAGUCAAUAUUUCAAACCAUUCCUUGUAGGAAACUGUCUUUGAAAGAUUCUGAGGAGGAGGAGAAGAGGAAGGAGAAGGAAAAGGCAUCUAAAUCCAAAAAACAUGACAAGAAUGGAAACAACAAAGAACCCAAUGGUGGGACCAAUGGCUCCAACGGUUCUAAUGGAAAAGGAGAGGACUACGAAUAUGAACAAAAUGGAAAUGACCAGUCAAUCACGGACUGUUCAAUAGCCACAACUGCCGAAUUUUCUCAUGACACCGAUGCAACAGAAAUUGACUCCCUAGAUGGGUAUGAACUUCAGGAUGAGGAUGACGGCCUGUGCGAGCAGGCAGAUUUACGCCAGCUUGGGCCUCCAGACAGCCGGAGGGACGUCUGGGCAACGGACACGUACAGGUCCACUGACCGCUCUUUUCCUCCCACCAAACUGGAAGUUAUUGAAGAGGAGAAAACCCCAGAGGAAAGUCAAAAGGAAAAUUUCACAAAGGAACCCCCCGCAAAUGGCGGAACCCCCGACGGUGUGAGUAAUAACGGGGCUAAAAUUCAGGAACAGAAGUCUGAUAAGGAAGGAUUUUCAGAUACUUACUUUAGUUAUAAGUUAGAAGAGGAGUUUAAUUCCACUUUUAAGACUGUUGCCACUAAGGGGCUGGACUUUGACCCCUGGCCCAGUAAAGGUGGAGAAGAAGAAGUCGUUGACCUGGGCGGGGCGACGGGAAGCAAUGGUGAGCCUAAGCCCUUUGGACUGGCAGUGGAUGACCAGUCUCAGGCCACGACACCAGACACGACCCCAGCCCGAACACCAACGGACGAUAGCACGCCAACGAGCGAGCCGAACCCAUUCCCCUUCCAUGAAGGGAAGAUGUUUGAGAUGACGCGCAGUGGUGCGAUUGACAUGAGCAAGAGGGACAUGGUGGAGGAGAGGCUCCAGUUUUUUCAGAUUGGUGAGCAUAACUACUCAGCGGGCAGGUACAGGGUCAGGGACUCGGAGGUUAAUGCCUCCUCACAAUAUGGGGACGAGUUUAUAUUUCAGGAUCCCAUAGAUACUUUAACAGUCCCUCAUGUCUCCAUUCAGACCACUACUGUCCAACUAGAGAUAUCAAAUGUGACUGGCAGCUACACCACAUGCAGAGACUCAACUUCCAACACUGAGCCUAAAUUCUCCACUUUUAGAACAGGCUUUAACUUGUCAUCUGAUAAAAGUUCUGAUGCUUCAAAUAGCAGUUCUAAAUGUAGAAAAUCAGGCAUCUUUGAUCCCUCUGACAAAACCUCAGGAACAACUAUAGAUAGUUCUUACUCUGCAACCUCAAACUAUACAGAUUAUUUUCAUACGUCAGGCUUGGCAGAUGACUAUUUGAAUAAUGGACCAUCAUGCCUCACAGAUUAUUAUUUAAAUCUCACAAUUCCUUCAGGGACUUCCAGCCAUUUGGACGGGACUUCUGAAAAUCCCACACAUUACCAAAGCACAGAUUCUCCCUCCUCACCGUCGACACAUAUUGGCAAUACCAGCAGCAACCACCCUGCCUCCCAUUGCGUUCGUUCAGAUGUCAUUCAGACGGGCGAUGUUGUGUUCGGCUUGUUGUCCUCCGUGGGACCCACUACGCAGGAGGUCAGCAGGAUAGAAGCAUCGUUCAGCCAGCUAGAGGAGAACUUAAGAGAAGGUGGGGCUGAUUCUAAUGUAGCAAUAACCAACACAGCAGCCAAAGAAGUCAAAGUCAAGUUAUGCAAGUCCAGGUUACCUGUCAGGGCGUGCGCGCACAAACUAUGCAGUCAAAGUCACUCAAUUGUAAAAGACAAUUCUGAUACAUGUAAAGCAAGGAAAUAUGCAAUCCACAAUGUCAGGGAAAGAUUAGACCCUUUUUAUUUAUUUCCUAAAUCUAGAAUCCCUGUAAUGAAAGCCAUGAAACGCUCCUCCUGUCCCCCGGAGCAGAAGCAGGUUCCAACCAAGUCUGUGGUUAUUGGUAGAAGUAUGAAAACCAGUAGGGUUGAUAAACAACUAGCUAAAGGCAGAUCCAGUAAUGACCACGGGUUCAGGGCGGUGAAAGCCACAUGUAGGGUAAGCACAAGUGACACAGGGCGAAAAAACAUUGCGGUCGUCUCCAAAAGGGCUAAAACCGGGGCGGUCGAUAGCCGGGCGGUCGAACGUUUGGACCGAAGCGCUCCCGAGGAGGCUGAAAGACAGUUAGAGGGGAGGACACCGGCCACCGAGGACGAAGAGAGCUGCAGCCUUAGCACUGCCAGGAACACUUCCAUGUCAGAACCCUCUAGAGCCUCUAGAGGUUCCCGCCCUUCACGCACCUCUACCUCUACCUCCACCUCCACCAGCACCACCACAUCAACACCAUCUGCUAGAGAUGUGAGAGCUCAGGUUGAGCAGGCCCGCAGUGAGAGGAUGAGGAGGAGCAGGAGGAAGAGUAGGCGGACACUUGGAGGGAAGGAGCAAGAGCAGAAGGAGGAAGGGAGUAAGGUUGAUCAACCAAUCGCGGCUACUGACACGGAGAAGCAGACUAGCCCUCAGAGUCCCUGUGAGAGAACAGACCUCCGUAUGGCCAUAGUAGCCGACCACCUCGGACUCAGCUGGACUGAGCUGGCCAGGGAGCUGGAUUUCUCUGUGGAUGAAAUCAACUUCAUCAGAGUGGAAAACCCCAAUUCCCUGACGGCACAGAGCUUCAUGCUCCUUAAGAAAUGGGUGCACAGGGACGGUAAAAACGCCACAACGGAUGCUUUAACUGCGGUGCUGACAAAGAUCAAUCGGUUGGAUAUUGUGACUUUGCUGGAGGGGCCCAUAUUUGACUACGGUAACAUUUCAGGCACACGCUGCUUUGCCGAUGAUAACGCAGUAUUCCCGGAUCAGUCCGAUGGAUACAACAAUUUAGAUCUGGAGCUGCAAACCCCCACAGACCUGAACUUCCAGCCCCCCACCCCGCUUCGCUCAGACGACUUCUUCUUUAGCGAAGGCGACGCUAGCGCAGACUCCCCUAGCAAGGUCGCGCUGACUAGACCCAGCGACCUCUCCCUCACUCAGACCACCAGCACUUCUAGCAGCGACCCCCCCACAGUGGCCGCGGGCCCCGCCUUCACGGCCCCGCAGCCCCCCAUGGUCAAUGCCGAAGACACGACCUUGAAUGCCGGCGAAAGAGAGGCGUCCCGGGAGGAAAACACAGGGCGGGUUUAUUUCGAGAGGCCGGAGAACGACAGGAGGACGGUAGAGCAGUUGGGAAAGGGAAGAGACAGGGAGGAACCGAGGGGGGGGCAAGGCGUCGUUUUGGAGCGCCAGAGGGAAGACGCGCCCUCGGCCACCCCUCGCAGAAAUGGAAAGCCGGAUGAAGAAGCAGCAGAAGAGGAGGAGGAGGAGGAGGAGAUGACUCCGGAGAGGCUGCAGAGCCUGCUGGACGACAUCAAGCAGGAGGGAGGCUUCGAGGACGAGGAGAUGACGGAGGAGAGGAUGAACGAGAUCCUCCGUCAGCUUCAUCAAGCGGAGAAACCCCUGUGUUCAGUUCCAGGCUGGAGAUGCGAGACGUCGGGCGCCAUCGCCGAGUCGGCGGCCGCCGGCGCCGAGGAGGGCAGCCCGGCUGAUUCGACGCGGCGGCGUGCGGCUCGGAGCGACAGACACAACGGAGGUGACGCCGGUGCAGACGUGGAAGAGGAGGAGGAGGAGGAGGCGGCCCGGAGGAAGAGCCCUCAGGGGGACGGCAGCACAGCGGCGCCAAGCAGAGGACAGCAGGAGGGAGGUGAAAGGUCACAGCACAAAGCCCAGGGGAGCGUUAGAGCCGAGGAGUCCGACUCCGAGGAGGAGACCACUGUCACCACCAGGGUGUACCGCAGACGAGUCAUCCUGAAGGGGGAGGAGGCCAAAAACAUUCCUGGAGAGUCUGUGACGGAGGAGCAGUUCACAGAUGAAGAUGGGAAUCUGGUCACUAGAAAAGUAACCAUUCGCACCUUCCUCCAUCACCUGUCGCAUCACACAAACAUCCCCCCUCCCCCUGACACGUUCUGCCCUCUACAGGUCAUCAGAAAAGUGGUGCGCCGUGUGUUCAACACGGAGGAAAGGGAAGGCGCUGCUGCUGCUGCUGAUGGUGGUGGUGCUGAUGGUGGUGGUGCUAGUGGUGUAGCUGCUGCUGCUUCUUCAACAGGGGCCGCAGGGGUAAAGGGCAAGAAGAGGGGCAAGCGCUCCAACAAGGGCCCCAAGGCUGAGAAGUCUGGAGGGAAAACUGAGCCCGGAGGCAACAAGAAACCAGGGAAGAGGAGUCAGUCCUAGCGGCGGAGCUCCGAACUUCACCAGGUCCACUGACGUCCACACGAGCACCUCGGGGGGGGAAGACCGGUCCAUCGGGGCCCCUGAAGCUGUCCCUCACCACGCAUGGUUCUCCAGCGGGACGACGCAACAAAAAAACAAAACAGAGUUACUUUUCUUUGAUUUCGCAUGAGCAUGUCACCUAAAACUCACUCACAUGUCGGGGGAAGAAAAGAAGAAAAAAAAGGACACGUGAGCUGGAGCUUCAUCGCGUCUUCGGCACAAAACGAGGAAGACCGUAAACUCUGAGGAGGAGGAAGAGGUGCGACUCUCACUCGCUCCUCCUGGAUCCGCAGCAUCGUGGGCCCACCGAAUUGGUCCUUUUUUUUUAAAUUGAAAUAUAGAAAAUGAUUGGGGGGGGGGGGGGGGAUUUUUUGUUUGUUGUUGUAUAGAAAAGACACUGUAUAAACUCUUUAAAGAAAACCAGGAGGAAUCAGUAGCUGGAACGGAUUGUUUCUGCACUGACGUGAGUUGAUGAAGCUUUUUGAGGGCGCGACCCUUGACCUGCUCUUCCCAAACAAAUACAAAAGAAAAAAAAAGCUGUGUGGAAAUGAGGAACGAAUGGACAGAAAAAACAAAAAAAGCGCUUGAUUUGAAUGGAAUGUUUGUUUAAAGCCAACAGCUCUUCCCGCUCUUUGUCUCCAGAGGGACGACCUUCUGCUGCAUGUGACGUCACUUUACUUUAUCGCCUUUAUUUUAACCCUCAACUCAAAAGCACUGCAACGCCAUCAGAGCGCCGGCUCCCGUCAGCACUCGUAACGCAUCUGUAUCCGUUUUUACUUUUCAACACAAACGUGUAACCUCCUGACUGCUACCUGUACGCCCAUAACGCAUACCAGAAGUGGAAGUUUAAGCUUUGAGAUCUGCUUUGAUUUUAAAAAUUAAAAAAAAAAAAAAAAAAAAUCUAAUAAGCAUUGACUGUUUGAUAACUUUUAUCUUUAACAGGUUCUAAUUACAUGAGAACAAGGGACUCCUUUCAGAUCCAUUAUCCAAAUACUGUUUUUAUUAACUGUUAAACACAGUACUGAUCACACGUUCUGUGUCGUUUUUCUUUCCGUUUGU